AUGGCUACUGAUCUGAAAUCUGUUUGUUCCAAAAAAUUGUUAAUUUUUGCUUACUUUCUGAUAUCGUUCCAUGGCUUCUAUCUUUGGAUAAACAAUAACAGUCUAUCCUCGGGUUUAUCUAGCCACAAGCUGUUGUACGCAAGUACCAAUGUCACCGACACCAUUGUAAAAACGUGGGUUAAUAGUCAUGCUCACUGGAUUACGGUAAAACAACGGCCGUUGUCAAGUUCUUCUCAGAAACCUGUUUCCGGAUGCCGUUUUCUACUUUAUGCCUGCUACUUAUCAUUUACUCUGAUCAGUUUAUCCGGCGACGUUCAAACCAAUCCCGGGCCCGAUGGUUCACUUAAUUUUUGGUAUCAGAACGUAAGAAAUUUAAAGGCUAAUUAUCGUGAUUCUACCACAAAUUGCUUUGACCGAGACUUGGCUGUCCAAUCAUGUACGAAAUGAUGAAAUUUUACCGGUUGGAUACAAGUUAUUUAGGCGUGAUCGACAAACUGGCAAACGGGGAGGUGGUGUAUUGUUAGCUGUGAAAGAUUCUGUCAGAACUGAACCAACUGACUUUGUUUCAGAUUUAUUGGAACUUGCUUCUGUUGUGAUUAAUUCGUCAUCUAAAAAAGUUCUUGUCCCUCUGUGUUAUCGCCCUCCUGAUUCCUCAGUUGAUUUCCUGCACGAACUGAACCGUUUCUUGAAAUUUAUUGCUGAUUCUCAAUUUAAAGAUGUUGUUUUAAUUGGCGACUUUAACUAUCCCAAUAUUCAAUGGUCUGACGGAUCGGGUUUUUCUACCUUAGGAUCAGAAAUUGGUUUUAUUGACCUUAUCACUGACUUUAGUUACUUGCAAUUAAUCAACUCAUCUGCUCGUGGCCAUAAUCUCAUUGACCUGAUUCUCACUACGAAUGAACAUUUGACUGACAACUUUGAAAUUACUGAUGAUGAUUCCAUCUCCUUACACUCGGACCAUAAAGCUAUAUCUUUUGACUUAAAAUUGCAUCAACGACCAAAACAAUCCACCGAGCGAAUAGUUUAUAAUUAUUCAAAGGGUGAUUUUGUUGGCCUCCUAAACUGUCUUCGUAACGCUUCUUUGGUGAAUUUAGUUCGCAAUAACUGUGACGACAUUAAUGUUGCUUGGUCCAAGUGGAAAGCUGCUUUCCUUACUGCUGCCGAUAGUUUUAUUCCGAAAACAUCGCUCAAGCGUUCCUUCACGCCUCCUUUAUAUUACCAAGGAUCUACUUCACGCCAUCAACAUGAAGGAGUCCCUAAGGAGAAAAGCAAAGGCUAAGAACUCGCCUCAAUUGUGGGAGAAAUUUCGCAAGACUCGGCAACACGUCAAAUGUUGGAUUAAUGCCAAGAAAAGAGAAUACUUAUCUGGACUUUCUCAAUCCUUAUACAAUAACUCUAAAUCAUUUUGGAGAUUUUUUAAGUCUAAAUCUUCAAAAUCUUCCAUACCUGAUGUAAUUAAGAUAGGGGGUCUUAAACUAUUCUCUUCUGAAGAAAAGGCUGAUGCUUUUAAUACUUAUUUUGCAUCAGUUUUUACCUCCGACUCAAAUUCUUCUUUACCUUUAAUUUCUCCUUCGCAAUCAUCAUCUGACUUUCUUGACUCAAUAACUGUUUCAGAAUUUGAAGUUCAAUCUUUGUUAUCCAGUUUGUCACCCUCUAAGGCUACUGGGCCUGAUGGCAUACCAGCAUAUCUUUUAAAGCGCUGUUCCGAAGUCAUCGCUCCGUCUUUAACAGUUCUCUUCGAGUUAUCUCUUCAGCAGGGUGUAUUUCCUUCUGAAUGGAAAUCUGCUAAUGUGGUUCCAAUACCUAAGAAAGGUGACGUUCAUGAAGUCACCAACUACAGACCUGUUUCAUUACUCUCCCAAGUUUCAAAAGUACUUGAACGCUUGAUUUUUAGACAGGUUUCUUCUUUCAUUAAAGACUCUUUGUAUGACAUUCAACAUGGCUUUCGCUGCAAUAGGUCAUGUGUUACUCAACUUUUGAAUGUGUUUCACGAUCUCGGUCGUGCUCUUGAUUCUGGCAAUGAAAUUGAUCUUCUUUAUCUUGAUUUUGCUAAAGCUUUUGACUCCGUAUCUCACAGCAAACUCUUGUUUAAACUAAAAUCUUUUGGAAUUUCCGGUCAACUUCUUAACUGGUUCGCUGAUUAUCUCCAUAAUCGGAAACAGCGUGUCGUUAUCGAAGGAGUUUCUUCAUCUUUCCUUAACGUUAAAUCUGGUGUGCCACAAGGUAGUGUCAUAGGUCCACUACUUUUCAUUUUGUAUGUGAAUGAUCUUCCAGAGGUAACUAAGAAUUCUACUGUUGCACUUUUUGCUGACGACAGUAAAUGUUACCGUGCAAUUCAGUCACCAGCCGAUCGUGAUCUCCUACAGACUGAUCUUGACUCUAUGCACAACUGGUCGAUCUCUUGGCAAUUGAAAUUUAAUGUAUCUAAGACGCUCUUGCUCAGGGUAUCUCGGAAACGCAACUCUCCAACUCACUCUUACCACCUUAACAAUCAACCUGUUAAGAUUGUAGCCAAUCAAGUCGACCUGGGUGUGGUUGUGAGCAAUGACCUUAAGUGGUCCCCUCACAUUGCCAGCUGUACUGCUAAAGCCAACCGUUUGCUUGGUUUUCUUCGGAGAAAUUGUUCUCAAAUGACUGAUACUCGCUGCCGUCGGCUUCUCUAUCUCUCACUCGUCCGAUCUCACCUGUCUUACGCCAGUGAGAUCUGGGCACCCCAAGCCUCGUCACGCGAUCUUGCGAUCCUGGAUGGUGUUCAGAGACGAGCUACUAAAUUUAUACUUCAAAAUUAUGAGUUGUCUUAUCUUGAGCGUCUUAGAAAACUUAAUUUAUUGCCUAUAUCUUACUGGCUUGAAAUAAAGGAUCUCAUCUUUUUUUAAAUGCAAACAAGGCCUCUACGACCUAGAUAUCUCCUCCUUUGUCACCUUUUCUUCUAAUCGCUCAUCUCGCACCCGUUCAAGUAAGGACAACUUGCUUCAAGUCAAUCCGUGCAAAACCUCUCCUUUUAAAAACUCUUUUUUUAACCGAAUUGUCUUUCUAUGGAACAAUCUCUCUCCGAUCAUUCGUAACAGUUCGUCUGUUUCAUCCUUUAAGCUCCAGCUCCAUUCUCAUUACUCUUCUCAAUUAGACUCUUCUUUCGAUAUUAACAGAAUGCGCACUUGGAAAACCUUCUGCUCUAAAUGCCGUUCUUUCAACUUAAGCUGUUGCUCAUAAUCUAAACUAUUAAUUUUUACAUAGCUAUGUAAAUAGUGUUCUAGUCCUUGUCUUUAAUGUAUGUCUACCUAUUGUAUUGUAUCAGGUUGGUCUUUACAUGGGACUCAUGUCCUGUUGACCAUACCUUCAAUCAUUGUUAUAAUUUUUGUAUGAUUAUAAAGUUAAUAAAUGUAACUGAACUUGAUACAAACACAAUGCAACAAGUCCAACAAUACGAAAUACAAGCAAUAAACCAGGGAUGGAUCCAGCAUGAUCUGGUAGGGUGGCGAUGCUCUGCCAGCUCUGGCCCAUCUCAAAAAUAUUAACUUCCGCAUCUUCGACCAGAUGUCCGUACGUUUUUUGUGAGCUACGAAUAUUAAGUUUAAUACGUUUUUACACGCUUAUCUUAACCUGAAUUUUACCCGAAACAACACCCGCUUUUAGGGGAAAUCACCUAAAUUUUUUGAACAUCGUUCAAAAAGCGUUCAGAAAAGUGGUCCAAAUAUAGCGAUUUAUGACGUCAAAAUGCUACAGUCAGCGGGGGAUUGAGUUACUAAAUUUAGCAUUUUUGCUACAGUCAGAUGAAGCAAACCAAUCACAGUGCUGCAAUGCUCUACAGUCAGCUACAGUUGCGCAAUUCGAUAGGAACUUUAGAGCGAUGUUAUUUGGCUAUAUUUGUUUGCGCUUUUACCGAGCUAAUUUCUUUCGAAGAAAAACUAAGUAGACUAAAGCGCUAUGUGAGGAUGCCAUCGGAAGCAAAGUUAAGGCCGAUCGCCUGAAAGAUCGCGAGGUAUUUGUGUGUGAUUUUUCGAAAUUACAAUUCGAAACGGCGAAAAAGCGCGCCCGUUGAACCACGUUCGGGUCAGGUAAACUUAUGAAUAUUAGAAUAUAUUAGAAUAUAUAAUAUGGAAAUUGCCCGUCGGAGAUUUCGAAAAUUUAAUAGUAAAUAUAUAGAAAGCAUCAAAAUUGCGCGUCCGAUAUUUCCGCCGCGCGAUAUAAACUUUCCACACUGGUAAAUGAUAACAACACAAAACUUCGGAUUGAGAGAUAGGUACGUUUCAUACUGAAUUACCGUAACUCAAAAAUACAAGCAAAACCUCGAAAUGUGGCUUGUAUAUUUAAGGGUUGAAUCUCUGUUAAUCAGAAAGUUUCUUUCAGUAUAUAAAUGUGUCUGUUUGCGUUAUAUAUCGUUCUGCCCAUUGAUUUUUUGCAUUGAUUCAUUUGAUUGUAAUUGUGUUUAUAUACUGUAUGUUACACAUGUGCGGUAUGAUAUUAAAUUACAUAUUAAUAAGGGGAGGAAGGCUGGUCUUAAACUUUGCAUACAGUAAUUAAGAAUGUAGAUCUGGUAUGACUUGGUAUGUCGUUUAACCAUUUUACUGUCUUUACGUGUUUUUGUAACUUUUUGUCUAAAAUAUGGCCUUAUUAAGGUCAAAUUUUAGAACAUAAUUCGAUGCUCAGAAUGCAGGAAAUGAUGUUUCCAGGCUUCAAAUUUCAAAAAUUUUACAGGGGGGCAUGCCCCCGGACCCCCCUAGAUUACGUGGUGCCUCCUCAGUUUGGGAUUAUGCUACAGUCAGAUUUUUAGCUGGAUCCGCCCCUGAAUUACUGUAUCUCAUUUUGUCUCUGAUAAUUUUUUGCUUUAUCAUGAAAAAUAGCACCUCCCUGCACCCCCUCUGGCCAGGGCUAGGGGGUGUACCCCCCCCCCAGUAAAUCCAUCCCUGCAAUAAACUACUGACGGCAUCACCCCAAAGAGCGGUAAUGGAUCAUAUCUUAACUUAUUUUACACGUGAAAAAAAUUACAGUCGCCCUGAAGAAUACGAAAAAAUUAUUAGUAGAGAUUUUUUCACAAGUGUUGUCAAUUAUUCACUAUGCAUCAAUAAAGUAUAGUCCCCGUUCAAGUCACUCAUUUCCUCCUUAUGAGGACUAUACUUGUGAGAAUUUAUUGGUUUAUUUUAACAAAUUUAAUACCACAUUAUGAUCAUGUCCAACAAUCUCAUUAGCAUUUUGUCAAUUCCUUUGCACACAGUUGACAUUCUUUUAGCUUAUUUUCUAACUCGUCAAUUCUCCAAAUGUACCUUCAGGAGAGGCUACAGGUUCCAAAGUGGAUUGUGAGAGUAGUGGAACUGUUGUAGUAUGGCAUAUUGUUGUGACGUUGGUGUCCGGAUUUAUUCUUGGAAUUCUCUUUUUCUACAUUGUCUGGUGUUCUCAUCGUCGUUGGUUGAGAAACAGAAACCCUGAUCGAAACCCUGAACCAAAGAUAACUGAGGCUGAUACAACUUAUCAAGAGCUUGAUCUUACAAAAAUGAACAAAGAAGAUAAUUAUCAGUCGUUGAGAGUGAAUGCUGUGACUCAUGACGCUGGAAAUCAAGCUGGAAAUGACGAUAACUCUACUUAUACAGAGUUGAGCAAAACCAGAGAUAUGGAGAACAAAUAUCAAUCUUUAACUUGA